AUGGCCUACCCUUUUUCAGAAGAAGAAAAGAGGUUGAUCCUCGCAGAAGUCAUCAAGACCAGCAACUUAGACCUGGGCCAUCUGGUUGACUUUCUGAAAUUACACAAAACCGAGCCCAACUGGCUCAAAAUGCAGCUGCCUCCUGGCCGUACGAUGGAGCAGUGCAUACAAGCCACCGAACAGAUGUUCCAAGGGCCCAUGAGAAUACCAGAUCUGAAGCGCAAGCCUGUCGGUGAUCUCCUCGACAAGCCAUCCAAACGUCUGGCAGUAGCUUCUCCGAUGGAACCUCCUGCACAGCUGCCGCCACUGGCUUCUGCUUCACAAGGACCGUCUGCUUACGCGAAUCCGAUGUCUGUACGAUCUCUCUUACCAGCGCCCACGCAACUGCAGCAAACUCCACUGCCAAAUAUACAGCCGAGACAGAUGAACGCUGGCCCGGAGAGUGGCACGGCGUCCAACGGUUAUCCGAGCCCAAACCAGCCGCCCGCAGCGCCGCCUCCGCCUCCGCCUCGCCCUACCUCGGAGACAACUGGCGAGCCCCCAAGGAAGAAACGCGGGCGACCUAGGUCAACGGAAAAGGGCGUACCAGAGUUACCGGGCACUUAUACCUAUAGAGUCGACCAACCUAGGACACUGUCAGGUCGGUCCACGCCAAGCGAGACUCCCCGCGGCCGGUCUGACGAGAUGCGCCAAGAUCCAUACCCAGAGCGCGAGCAACUUCCAGAAUCGGAGAAAGAACGAGCCAUACCACAUAUUGGGCAUUUGACACAGGAAGGACUGGCGAGAUAG